AGCAUAAGCUAAAUUGGUCGCUAACUCUGAGCUAGCUCUCCAUUGUCAGCAUGUUAGCUUUAAAAGCUUUUGAGCUGUAUUCUAUCUUUAUAUUAAAUAAAAUGAUAUACAGUCUGCAGUAAACUGUUCAUUAUACAGAAAAUGGAAGAAUGUAACUUUAGCAUGUUUUCAAUUGAUGAGCUUGAUAGCAGUUAGCAUGUUAUAUACUCCCAGAAAAACAAUGGUUCUUGAAGGUUCUCUUUCUUCAGCUUGUUUAUUUAGAGGAUGGUUCUUCAUGUACUUGUAUGAAAUGGGUUCUCUGCUCUGACUAAAUGAAGUAUAAGCUAAAUGGGUUGCUAACUCUUAGUUGUCAAGCAGCUUGCAAGCAUGUUAGCUUUCGAAGCUUAGGAAUUAUAUGUUAUCUUUACAUUGGAUAAAAUGAUGCACAGUGAACUGCAGUGAAUAGUUAGCUACACAGAAUAAUAUUUUAUCACUAAAUAGUCUAUUUCACUUAUCAUUCCAUCUAUUCAUCUAUAUAAUUAUAUAUAUAAUAUCAUCAUAUACUAUUGGUAAUUUCAUAGUUUGUGAAUAAGCAUGUAAAUGUUUCAGCCUUCAUAAAAAAACAUCACAAACAAAACAAAAUUUACAAAUUACUGAGAUGGUUUUCUCACUACUUUAAAAGAAUAUUUUACUUUAUUUUAUUCAACAAGCAGUCACUGAAGACUAGAAUACAACUUAACUUUACUGCCAAUGAGACAAUAUUUUUAUGUAGUCAAUUCAAAAGUCAUAUUUUAUUCAUAUUUUGCUCCAAAUUUCAAAGUGCCACUCCCACCUAUUUACAAUAAAAGCUUUUCUCUGAAGCACAGACCCUCCUCUGGUUUCACUUGGCAGGUUUUUUCCACCUGCUGCAUGUUGCAACAAUAUUUUUAAGCUUCUCUGCUACUCAGGAAUUCAUUUGUUUUUCACAUAAUUGUGUCACUCUGUGUAUUUAUAGAUAAAUACAUGUGCAGCUGACAAGAAAAGCCUCGUAUGUAUACUUGUAUAUUUAAUCCGUUUCCUAUAAACUGAGCAGGAGACUCGAUCUGCUUCUAGAAACUCUUCACAGCUGAAUCAGCUUCGUGAGUUUAUUUCCUGUCUUGCCUGCCAGCCUCAGUUUUAUUCUAAUUUAUUGCACCUUGUGAUAUGUUUCCUGAAAUGCUGCUAGCUUAAUGCAUCAGUUCACAUGUGAUACAGAUGCAUUAUAGAAGAAUAAAUCAAUGUAUAGUGUCAGUCCAUUGUUUUAGAUCUUGCAUUAGUCCAGAAUGUAACUGAACCUCAACUAAUAAACUACAUCAUUGUUUUGUUUUAAAGCCAUAAGAAGUACGUCACACCCAUAUUAGGUUAUUAUAUUUUCUCUGGAAUGUUCUAACAGAGUGUUAGUUCAUGAAUGUAAAGUCAGCUAGACCGUUGCUGUGGUUUCUUUUUUAAGAAGUCUGAAAAGCAACGUUGACAAAAAUGAAAAAUUACUAGAAAAAACAAUAAAGUAUGUCAAGUAUGAAACCCAUAGGUCUGUCUUUCAGUUGUAUGACAAGAAAUGAAACACCAUUUGUAUUAAAUCAACUUCUUCUCCUACAAGAAGGGCCUGGAAUUUAUAAUCAGUCCAACUCAGUGGAUGUAGAUCUGCAGGGGCACCAUCCCUGUAUCCUAUGCUGAGCCUCAAGAAAACUAUGACUGUGUUAAAUAAAUACAAACUAUUAAGAAUAUUACACCGUAAAUUUCCCCGCUGCUGGAUCAAUACAGGUUUAACCCUUGUGUCAUCCUGCGGGUCAAAAUUGACCCGUUUUAAAGUUUGAAAAUGUGGGGAAAAAAAUAUUUUCACAGCGAAACUUCUGAUGUCCACAUUUUCAACAUUUCUGGGAAAUCUUUGAACAUUUUUUGGUGGAAAAAAAGAAAUGUUAAAAAUGUUUCUGAAUAAUCCAGGAAAUUACGGUGUUGUUAAACACUUUUCAAACAGAGCUCCGUUUUUGGUUACCUGUAUAGAUUUAUGCGGUUGAGACAUUUGUAAUCCCUAAAUGAUGAUGAGUCAGACCAUUCUACAAAAUAAUGGUUCAUAAAGGGUAAAAGAUGCACAAUCUGCAAUAAACAGUUCGUCAUACAGAAAGCAGAGAAGAACAUUUCAGUGGUAUGUUAGCAUGCUAACUACUCUCAGAAAACACUAUACUACAUAGUGUAUUUUACAGUGUUAAGACGUAUUUUAUUGUGUUAUGAUGUAUUUUGUAGAAUUAGGAUAUAUUUUCUGACAUUGAUACUACUGGUUUUUUUUUACAGCUUUAAGACAUAUUUUCUAGUGUUGAUACGUAUUUUAUAGCUUUAAGAUGUAUUUUAUAGCGUUAGAUGUAUUUUCUAGAUUUAAUACAUAUUUUGUAGCAUUAAGAUGUGUUUUCUGGUGUUGAGAUGUAUUUUCUAUGGAAUAUAUCUUUUUCUUAUGUGUCACUUGUUGAAAUAUCAACAGGAUCGACACAAAUCCGUGAGUUAAGGCACUUAAUAUUAGAAGUAAAAGUAAUGAUUUGUAUUGAUAUGUUUAAUGGAAGUAGAGCGGUGUAUCACAACACAAAGAAAGAAGAAAAAUUAUUUUCAGUUCUGGAUAAUAAUUUUAAAAUGCAUGGUUAGUAUAAUAUGAAUUUACCACAAAAAUGCUGGUCAGUUCACAGCUACAUCGAUCCGAUAUGUUUUAACUGAGCGACAGUAGUGACGGAAAUAACACCGAUACUUGAGUAAAGUCUGAAAGUUUGCAGAGGAGCUUCGUACAUAGUUCACUGUAUAGUAUUCAUAGAUAGGAAGGAGAUAUAAGUGGAUGAUUUCGGACAAAGCAAACAUAUUUGGUGCCUCAAGGCCAUGUUAGUCGACCUUUAACCCCUGAAGCCAACACCUCUACGCUGAUGACUCCCUGUUUUACAUCUCAAAUACCACUAUAGGAAACCAUGACAAUCUGCACUUUCUACAAAAGACUGGAUGGCUGCUACUUUCCUUGUACUUAACACAGAUUAAACUGAACUUAUUUCACCUUGGAUCACAAUCAGCAAACAAAACAUUCAGCCACAAACUCCAGAUUUAUUGUCUCCCAAAACCACAAAUUCAAUCAGCUCACAAUGCCUCCAGAAUUCAACCUCAGAUUCUCUCCAUUGCCUUUAAAUCUCUACAUCUUCUGGCUUCCCUGUGCACCUGAGAACCUUUAACACUUUAUUCUGCACCUCAGAUCUGAGCCAACAGUGCAGAAUUAAAACAAACUGACUGUUUUAGCUCCAACAAACUCCUUGUUACAGUCAGAACAGCAAACCUCAUACACUACCGUUCAAAAGAUUGGGGUCACUGAGAAAUGUUCUUCUGGAGUUAGCAUUAAAUGAAUGAUAAAUCCAGUGUAGACAUUGUUAAUAUGGUAAAUGACUAUUCUAGCUGGAAACAGCUGAUUUUUAAUGGAAUAUCUCCAUAGGGGUACAGAGGAACAUUUCCAGCAACCAUCACUCCUCUGUUCUAAUGCUACAUUGUGUUAGCUAAUGGUAUUGAAAGGCUAAUUGAUGGUUGGAAAACCCUUGUGCAGUUAUGUUAGCACAUGGAUAAAAGUGGGAGUUUUCAUGGAAAACAUGAAAUUACCUGGGUGACCCGAGAAAUUUGAGUAGUUGUGUAAGUCUUAACUAAUGUUUUAUUGUCUCUUUUUGAACAUAAAGUAUGAAUCUCUUGUACCUUUCUGCUUUGGUGAAGACAUUUUACUUUUGUGGAUUCUGUCAACUAGAAAUUACAGUUUGUCUCUACAGUAUGUCCACCUUUUGUCAAACUAUUUUGAUACAGUUUAAUUUAAAAUCAUAUUUUACAUUAUACACCUGGGUAAAGUGAAUAUUUAAGUUGUCAGAUUUAGUUGCAAACUUCAUUUGAGUCGAUCUAACUUGAAACUGUGGUAUUAAAGUAAAUUUAGUUGAACUUUAUUCAGUUGCAUGUUACUAAAUGAAACAAUUCAUUCAAAUUGGUGCAACAGUUCUCAGUUUUUUUUUAGUAUACUUUUAUGUUUUGUAAGGUAUCUUGUAUGUCUGGUUUAUUAUUUUUACUAUUAUUAAGUUUCCUGACCACUUGUGGAUGUUUACGAACAAUUUGAAAGUUUUUUUAAUGCAUUGCUCUUGUGCACAUACAUCGGAUCGAUCUUAUUUCAGCAGCUCUAAAGUGCUUGAGGUGUGUUUUAUUUUGGACUAUGGCGUCAGAUUGGGGGUUGGUUUCGGGAAAACUAAAUUUAAAAUGAUUCUGAUCGGAUUUUGGGGGAAAGAAACUUGAGGGGAGAUCCCGACCAUCGGCGAUGGUAAUGGUUUCCAUGACUGGAUCUGACACUUCCAACGCAAAGUGUCGCGUUUUCCUCCUCUGACACCCCAUCGAUUCCAUUCUCGGGCCUCCGUUCUGUCCAGCAGAGCUCCCAGUCUGACCAGUAGGACCACUGCUUCCAGUAAAGCAGCUGGGAGGAGUGAGGCUGAGCAGUGGGCAGGCGAUUUGUGUUUGACAUGCGUGAGUGGGAGACCCCUGAGUGGCUUCUAUGAAGUUUGGUGAUUUAAAGGAAACAGCACAACCACAGUUUUCACACCUAGAUCAUCGCUGCUUCACUCUCUCGCUAUAAAAGCUUCAGCUCGGGUCGAACAUUCUGAGUUCAGCUGUCAGCCAGUCGAGACUCUGAUCGGUCUCUCGAAGCCUCCACAGCCGACACCGGUGGAAUCGAGGAUCGGGAAUCGAACCCACGACUCUCCGGACGUUCCUGAAGACAUACAAGCGUUGCUAGGAUGGUUGCCACGGCAAGGACGGCAGUCUGCCUGUCCCUGUUCUUGUUGAUCUGCCAGGUCAGAGGGAUCUACGUUUCCCAGAGGGUGAACGAAACCAUCCAGAACCUGCUGCGACACUAUAAAAUUUCAAAUAGAGAAAAAUUUUCCGGGAAGCCCAUCUUCCCCAGAGACCCACCGGACGGAAAAAGAGAAGUGAAGAUGGUGUUCAUGAGCGGCGUUCUGGAGACCUACGAGAAGCUCUUUGGCCAGAUGUUGAGGCAACUGCCCACCUCCACCCCCCCGACCGCUGACUCCACCACCCCCAGCACCGGCACUGGGCUGCAGCCGGGUCAAAGCGUCAGGUCCAACCUCACCUACAUGCUGGGGAAGAUCAAGGAACUGAAGAAAGGCUAUUUUCAGGAGGAGGAGAAGCUUCUGCAUGAGCUUCACGGCCUCAGACGCAUCCAGACCAACAGCUCCCUGGUUCAGGCCAAGGCGUUGUUCGAGCUGCCGAGGAUGUUGGAACAGGCCGGAAUCGUGUCUCAGAACGACACCAUGAGGCGGCGGCGGCGACGCCAAGCCAAGUCCAGAAUGGCUCUGAGAGGCUGAAGCCCAACGACAGGGAUGCAGGAUAUUUCACCACAAACCAAUGUCCAAACGUGUAAAAAACUAGUCAGAUAUUUAAGUUUUCUUCAGUUUAUUUCAUAUCUAUAUUUAUUAUGUCGACAGUGAACCAGCAGCCUAAGCAGAGUGAAUAUUCUAGUUUUGCAAAAAUGUGAUUUUUCUAGUGUAAGUUUGGAGUUUGAUACUUGAACGCAGUGAAAGGAUUUGAUAAUCAGUACCUGGAAAUACUUGACUUCUUUACUUUUGUAUGUUUUAAAAACUCAAAUUGGUUUGAUAUGAAUCAAAACAUGUUGGAUCUUCAGGUUUUUUUUCAUUAUUUUUACAGUAAAUUAUGUGUAAUUUAGCAUCGACUGACGAAGACGAAGACGAUGACGUUUACAGCACAAAGUACACCAGAGUUUAAUACUGACGUACUUCAAAGUACUACGAGUCCUUCAAGUACUUCCCUGCAGUAUAUUUCCUCCCUCUGCAGUACAAGUACUACACUCUUCAGGGAUGUUUCUACUGACAUGCUGUAGUUUCUCUAUAUUUAUUUAAUUUAAGGUUUUAAUAAUUUAAUGAAUCUUACUGUUGUGACUUAUUAUUUAUUGUCUAUGAUUGAUUGGUACAAAUGUAAUGAAUAAAACUGAUUUAUUUUGA